UUUUUCUCCGUCGGCGCAUCUCUUCCACCGCCGGUGUAAACAGUCAGGGCCUCUCGCUCUCCAGGUCUACAAUCACGCCUCUUAUCAUUGGAAGAUAUAUUGUUGUUUGCUUGGGCAAAAAACCGCAAGCUUAAAAUCGAAGAUAUUUUGAGUUGAGGAUAAAAUGGCGCAUAGGCUGCUGAGGGAUGCUGAGGCUGAUGGGUGGGAGCGUUCUGACUUCCCUAUUAUUUGUGAAUCUUGCCUUGGCGACAAUCCUUAUGUUAGAAUGACAAAAGCAGAUUAUGAUAAGGAGUGCAAGAUCUGUACUAGGCCCUUCACAGUGUUCAGGUGGAGACCAGGACGUGACGCAAGAUACAAGAAGACUGAGAUUUGCCAGACUUGUAGUAAGCUGAAAAAUGUGUGUCAAGUUUGCCUUUUAGACCUUGAAUAUGGGCUGCCUGUUCAGGUCCGAGAUACUGCUCUGAGUAUCAAUUCAAAUGACGCCAUUCCAAAGAGCGAUGUGAAUAGGGAGUACUUUGCUGAGGAGCAUGAUCGCAGGGCUAGAGCUGGGAUAGAUUAUGAAUCUUCUUACGGAAAGGCUCGCCCAAAUGAUACUAUUCUUAAGCUCCAAAGAACCAAACCUUACUACCAGAGGAAUCGGGCUCACGUUUGUAGUUUCUAUGUUCGAGGUCAAUGUACAAGAGGGCCCGAGUGCCCGUACAGGCACGAGAUGCCUGUUGAAGGGGAAUUGUCUCAGCAAAAUAUCAAAGACCGUUACUAUGGAGUUAAUGACCCAGUAGCUCUGAAACUACUCAACAAGGCCGGCGAGAUGCCUUCAUUAGAGCCUCCCGAAGACGAGAGCAUAAAAACCCUAUAUGUUGGCGGCCUCGACGCCAGAAUAACCGAGCAAGACCUGAGGGACAACUUCUACGCGUACGGCGAAAUCGAGUCCAUCAAAAUGGUCCUCCAGCGAGCCUGCGCUUUCGUCACUUACACAACGAGAGAAGGUGCCGAGAAAGCAGCCGAAGAGCUCUCGAACAAGCUCGUCAUCAAGGGUCUGCGGCUCAAGCUUCUCUGGGGCCGCCCUCCGGCCCAGAGGCCCGAACACGAGGGCCCGUCUGGGGAGCAAUCGCCCGUGGCUCACAGCGGGCUGCUCCCGCGGGCCGUCGUAUCUCAGCAGCAGAACCCUCCUCCUCCGCCAGGUGGGCCCGGCCCGCAAGUGCCGUAUUUUAAUAUCCCGCCAUUGAUGACUCGGCAGGAUUUGGCUUACUACCCGUCAAUGGACCCGCAGAGAAUGGGGGCUCUCGUGCAGGGCAGGCCUUCAGGUUCGGGUGAUAAUAGCAUGAGCGGUGGGCCCGGGCAGUUCUACCCGCGGCCUUAUUAUCCGCCGUACGGUUAUAUGCACCCGCCACCUCAGCAGGGUAGUAAUCAGUUGUAUCCUCUGGGAGGAGGUGAACAAGCGGCAUAUCAGCAGAAUAAUGUGCCGAGUGGAUGAUGUGGCAGGGUGUGUUUGAGCACUUUUUCGUUUGCGGUGAACAGGUGGCAUAUCAGCAGAAUAAUGUUUGAGCAUUUUUCUUGAUGGGAUUUUCGUUUGCUGCAUUUCUUCUAGAUUGCUUGAGAUGGGAGUGGAUGAGUUGAUCUGUAUGUUGUGUAUUAUGCAGUGGAACUCAUUUUUUUAAUAGUUUCGUCGAUUAGUUCGAACUUUGAAUGCUUUUCCACCACGGCCGAAAUAUAUAGGAAUGUAUAUAUGUGAAAAAAUAGGACAAAAAUACUGUCAAACUUUUUACUCAUGGAUAAAUGUGUGAAAAAAUAUGAGUGAGGGAGAUCGACGUAGGAUAGCAAUUGAAAGGAAAGUGUACAUUCGUUUGUAUAUAUAUAAAAAUGUGUGCCCUUUCUGAUACAUUUACUGUGAAUUUAUACAUAUAUAACAUGAAAAGACAAUGAUUGUCGUUUGUCAACUAAGAGUGUGAGAGCUGAGUCUGACA